AUGCCAAGGCCUGUGGUCUAUCGACUGCGGUCGAAUCUGACAAAUUCCUUCCCCGUCCUUCUUCUCCCCCCACCGCCGCCACCGACCGCGUACUGUAUCGUAGCCCACUGGACGCUCGGGGAGCCCGUGGCGGUAACCGUUGCCCUUGAGAGCGAAGCAGGCGUUCGGGUUCAGCACCCUCACAGCUACCACGUCUGGGCGGAACCGCAGCCAAGCUCCUCCUCCGCGCGCGAUGGCCUGGCAACGGGCGCCGUGCCCCUUCGGGUAACCCUGGAGGGCGAGAGAGCGAGCCGGUUCCUCUUGGACGUGUCCAGUAGCAUCGAGGAAGGCGACGGCGUUGGUGGGGGUGGCGCAGACAGACACGACGACAGUAGUCACGCGGACCAGGGACGGCAAUGUGCGCCCUUCAAGGGGCUUACCCUUGACCUUUCGACUGGAACGGCGCAUGGAUGGGUCGCUGUCUUACCAUCGAGCAGGCCAACGGAGCCCCGAACCCCUCCAGACCUAGACCAUGAGGAUAGCACCCCCGUCUGCGCCUGCCCGGCCGUGGCCGCCCAGCGGCGACGGCGUCGGCGGCGUCGGCAGGCACGGGCAGCGGCGGCCGGAGAGGAAAACGGAUGCAAGCCGGAGGGGGAGGAGGGGGUGGUAGCCGGGGCGGAGGUACAGUUGUCGAUCUCCCUCUCGCCGGCCUGGGCCCGGAGGUUCAAUCGCCCGGUACUACCUCUGGAGUCUCUGCCCGCUCUCGUCCACAGUCCUCCUUACCAUGUCGCCGCCGUCGGAGCUACCCCUACUGUCGCCACUCCAACUCCUCCCACCGGCAGACUCGAAGGAGAAGGCCAAAAGCGAGCGGUGAUAGGCCGGAGCGGCGCGUGCAACGUCCGUCGCCUGCGAUUCGAAGUUGGCGUGGCCCGGGGCGGUGGUGAUCGCGAUACAGGGCGGCGGACCAUCAGAGAAGAAGAGAAGCGGGAGGAAAAUAGUGGCUCCAAGUUUACCGCAAACGAAGCCGAAGGAGCGACUGUCGAAGACUCCCACCUCGCCGGAGCGCCGGCAAGAAAACACAAGGGGGACUGUUGCGGGGGGCCAAUAAAUAUUUCACUUCCACCGCCGCCGUCCCCGCCGACGACUCCUGCUUCGUCAUGGCCGUCAUUGUCAUCAUCGCCAGUUGGCAACGCGGCAACGGUAUCGGGCAGUGACGGGGACGGCGCCACUAGCGGCCUGUCGAGCUGCAGCGCGAGCAGCGGCAGCGGCAGCACAGCAUGUGACGACGACGACGACGAACGCGGCAACGGGAUCAUCGAAGUGUGUGCCGCGGAGUCCGCCUCUCUGGGAGGGUUCUUCGGCACGGUCUGGGACUGUUCCUUGAAGAUGGGAGCGUUCCUGGCCGCCCUGGGCCCGGCCUCCCUGGAGGGCAAGAGGGUCGUCGAGCUCGGCGCCGCGACGGGAACGCUCUCCGCCCUGUGCGCGGCGCUUGGCGCUUCCGAGGUGGUGGCGACGGACACGAAGGACUUGCUUCCUCUGCUGACCUUCAACCUGGCGAGGAAUUCCUGCCCGGGUUCCCUGAACGUCGAGGCGUGUGAGUACGACUGGGGCUCGCCCGUCGGGCACCACCCAGCCCUCUCGCGGGGGGUUGGCUUCGACGUCGUGAUUUGCUCGGACCUCCUCUACGACCCGGCGGGGUGGGAGCCGCUCCUAGAGUCGCUGCGACAGCUGCUGGCCGCAGCAGGGGGGAGGCAGCGGCAGCCGGCGCGAGGACGGGGGGCCGCAGGCGCCGGGUCUUCCCCAACGCCGCCUUCGGCGCCGGCGGUCGUGUACCUCGCCCACCGGACGCGAAACCCGCAGGAGAGCGAGUUUUUCGACGCGCUGCUUGGACAGGAAGGGGGGAGGGGUCCCGCGGCGGAGGCGUCGCGACGGGGUGGCCCCCCCGAGGGCGGCGAGGAAGGCGUGCUGUCCUUCAGAUGCAGGAGGCUUUCGGAAGAGGGGGUGGGCGGGUGUCAUGAUGAAGGUUGCCGGGGGGGGGAGGGGCUUGUCUGGAGGGGAGGGUGUUUCCCCGAUGUCGCGCUGUAUGAGCUCUCGCCGGUGUUCGCUCGAUGA